AUGAUGGCGGCCCCCGUUGUGGGGAGCACGGGAGCGGUGCGGCAGAACCACAAAGCAAACAGAGCUCUUCGAAAGAAGGAAAACCGAAGGAAGAAAAGACAGGCUCUUGCUAAAUUAAGAGAAGCAGAAGAGAAGGAAGGGGAGGCCUGCGCUGAAGAUGAUGAUGAUGAUGAUGAAGAGGAGGAUGACCUUCAGGAUGUGAUUGAAAGGCAGAGGCAGCAUGAAGAAUGGCUUCUUCGAGAGCAGAAGGCUCAGGAAGAAUUCAGGCUGAAAAAGGAAAAGGAGGAAGCGGCUAGAAAACGGGAAGAGGAAGAGAGACGGAUGAUAGAGGAAUGGAGAGAACAGGAGAUGAAAGAGAGAGCAGAAGAGCCAGAAGAAGUGAAGAAGAGAGAAAGAGAGGAGGCCGUGCAGAAGAUGCUGGAUGAAGCAGAGAGUCAGUUAGAGAAUGGUGGCACAUGGCGCAAUCCAGAGGCACCGGAAGGUUAUGGCACAGAAAAAGACAGAGCUAAUUGCCCGUUUUACCUCAAAACUGGAGCCUGUAGAUUUGGUGAAAGAUGCUCCCGCAAGCACGGCUACCUUUCCUCAAGCCAAACCCUCCUUAUCCGUAGCAUGUUUAUUACAUUUGGUAUGGAGCAGUGUCGACGGGAUGAUUAUGACACGGACGCCAGCUUGGAAUAUGGAGAUGAAGACAUUUACCAGCAGUUUUUAGAAUUCUAUGAUGACGUUAUACCGGAAUUCAAGAGCGUUGGACAAGUCGUCCAAUUCAAGGUUAGCUGUAAUUUUGAGCUUCAUUUAAGAGGAAACGUCUAUGUACAAUAUCAAACGGAAGAAGAAUGCUCACGGGCUUAUUCUUUGUUCAAUGGUCGUUGGUAUGCAUCCCGUCAGCUUCAAUGUGAAUUCUCAGCCGUUACCAAAUGGAAAUCAGCUAUAUGUGGGUUGUUUGAAAGACAAAAAUGUCCUCGAGGAAAGAAUUGUAACUUUCUGCAUGUCUUCAAGAACCCAAAUAAUGAAUUUUGGGAGGCUGACCGAGACCUUAACAUGUCACCAGACCGAUAUAACUACUCUGAGCGUUGGGAGAGGUCAAACCGAUAUGAUGACCAUGGAUUUUCCAGGAGACGCCGCAGCCCAGAGAGCAGAAGAAAUGGGGAAUCGAGCAGGAAAAAGAGCAGCCACAAGAAAAACAAGAAAAAACAUCGUUCCCAUAGGUCAAAAAGCAAAGAAAAGAGGUCACACAGCAGGGGUAGAAAAAAGCGCAAGCGCAAAAGCCGAAGUCUGUCCCGCUCUAGAAGUCCCAUCAAGAAAUUUAGGAGCCACUCUAGAUCCAGGAGCCGUGGCAGAAAAAGCCGUUCCAAAUCCUGGAGUCGGGGCAGGAAGAGCAAGAGUCGCUCUAGAUCCAGAAGCCGAGGCAGAAAAAGCAAAAGCCCCUCCGAAUCCAGGAGUCGGGGCAGGAAGAGCAAAAGCCCCUCCAAAUCCAGGAGUCGGGGCAGGAAGAGCAAAAGCCCCUCCAAAUCCAGGAGUCGGGGCAGGAAGAGCAAAAGCCCCUCCAAAUCCAGGAGCCGGGGCAGGAAGAGCAAAAGCCCCCCCAAAUCCAGGAGCCAAGGUAGGAAGAGCAAAAGUCGUUCUGGAUCCAGGAGCCAAGGUAGAAAGAGCAAGAGCCAUUCUAGAUCCAGGAGCCGUUCUAGAUCCGGGAGCCCAGGCAGGAAGAGCAAGAGUCGUUCUAGAUCCAGGAGCCCAGGCAGGAAGAGCAAGAGUCGUUUUAGAUCCAGGACUAAGGAGAAAAACCCAGAAAGCCCAGAUGCAUAAACAGAAGUUUGUCAAG